AUGCCCGGCAUAGAUCCAGCCAUUGCACGCGCUCUCCACCUCGACGCCAGCACCGCCCAGAUUUCCACCCACGGCGGCUCUGGCUUUGCAUCGACAUACCGUAUCACCACGUCCACCACGUCCAUCUUCGUCAAACAGUCCCGCUCUCCAGGCGCGGAUGUCAUGUUUCAGGGGGAGCACGCCUCCCUCAACGCCAUUCACCAUGCCGUGCCCAGCCUCUCUCCGAAGUCUUUGGCCUGGGGCAAAUUGGAGAAAGGUGGGGGAGGAGGAUACUUUCUCGCUACGGAAUUUCUGGACCUAAAUGGACGAGGGCUAUCGUCGUCGAGGACCAGAAGCGGUAGUAGCAGAGGCAGUGGAAUGUCUCUUGCCCAAAAACUCGCGAAGUUACACACGACCCCCGCUCCCGUCCCGGAGGGCUACGAUUCACCUCAAUUUGGAUUCCCGGUCCCAACGUGCUGCGGGGAUACGCCACAGGACAACACAUUCACCUCGUCGUGGGCAGAGUUUUUCGCGAAACGGCGGCUCCUCGCGAUCCUCGACAAGGCGGAGGAGAAUAACGGGAGAGAUGCAGAGCUGCGCCGGGUCGUGGAAAGGACCGUCCACGAGGUGGUGCCGAAGCUGCUUAGUAGCGACCAUCUGGGUGGUGCGGACGGGAUCAUACCCGUCGUUGUGCACGGCGAUCUGUGGUCAGGCAACAAGUCCAAGGGCAGCUUCGUUGGCCGCGACGGUGCAGAAUCUCCGGACAUGCCCGGACCGACAGAGGACGUGGCCUUUGACCCGUCGUCCUGCUACGCGCACAACGAGUAUGAUUUCGGCAUCAUGCGCAUGUUUGGCGGGUUUCCGUCGUCGUUCUGGGACGAGUAUCAUGAGAUGGUGCCCAAGACGGAGCCGGCCAGUGAGUAUGAGGAUAGGGUAUCGCUAUAUGAAAGUUACCAUCACCUAAACCAUUACGCUAUCUUUGGGGGCAGCUAUAAAUCUGGCGCCAUGGGGAUCUUGAAGAAAUUGGUGAGAAAGCACGGCGAGCACUAA